CGCCCUCGGCGCCCCUCCCUCUCCACCCCUAUCUCCCGUCGGCGUCUGGGCCUCGUCCCCUUCUCUCUGUCUCCCUCUCUUCCCCCGUCACGUCCCCUGAACCCCAUUACUUCCGCGGACUCCCCAGUCUCGGCUUUGGUCUCCAGCCCCAGCCCCCCAGAGGGGCCACUCAAGACCAUGACUAAGACAGAUCCUGCCCCUAUGGCCCCGCCGCCCCGGGGGGAGGAGGAGGAAGAGGAGGAGGAGGAGACCGUCCCGGAGGCCCCCAGCCCCACCCAGGAGCGCCGGCAGAAGCCUGUGGUGCACCCCUCUGCGCCUGCCCCGCUCCCCAAGGACUACGCCUUCACCUUCUUCGACCCCAAUGACCCGGCAUGCCAGGAGAUUCUGUUUGACCCCCAGACCACCAUCCCUGAGCUGUUCGGCAUUGUGCGCCAGUGGGUGCCCCAAGUCCAGCACAAGAUUGACUUAAUCGGCAAUGAGAUUCUGCGUCGAGGAUGCCACGUGAAUGACCGUGAUGGGCUGACCGACAUGACCCUGCUCCAUUAUGCCUGCAAGGCUGGGGCGCACGGAGUCGGGGACCCCGCGGCGGCUGUGCGCCUAUCGCAGCAGCUGCUGGCGCUGGGGGCCGACGUGACCCUGCGCAGCCGCUGGACCAACAUGAACGCGCUUCACUACGCGGCCUAUUUCGAUGUACCGGACCUUGUGCGCGUGCUGCUCAAGGGUGCCAAGCCCCGCGUGGUGAACUCCACAUGCAGUGACUUCAACCACGGCUCAGCUCUGCACAUCGCUGCCUCCAACCUGUGCCUGGGUGCCGCCAAGUGUCUGCUGGAGCAUGGUGCCAACCCAGCGCUUCGGAACCGAAAGGGACAGGUGCCAGCGGAGGUGGUCCCGGACCCUAUGGACAUGUCUCUGGACAAGGCAGAAGCGGCGCUGGUGGCCAAGGAGCUGCGGACACUGCUGGAGGAGGCUGUGCCACUGUCUUGUGCCCUCCCCAAGGUUACGCUGCCCAACUAUGACAACGUCCCAGGCAAUCUCAUGCUCAGUGCACUGGGCCUGCGCCUGGGAGACCGUGUGCUGCUCGAUGGCCAGAAGACGGGUACGCUGCGGUUCUGUGGGACCACGGAGUUCGCCAGUGGCCAGUGGGUGGGCGUGGAGCUGGAUGAACCUGAGGGCAAGAAUGACGGCAGUGUCGGGGGUGUCCGGUACUUCAUUUGCCCCCCCAAGCAGGGUCUCUUUGCCUCCGUGUCCAAGAUCUCCAAGGCAGUGGAUGCACCCCCCUCAUCCGUCACCUCCACGCCCAGGACUCCCCGGAUGGGUUUCUCCCGUGUCACUGGCAAAGGCCGUAGGGAGCACAAAGGCAAGAAGAAGUCGCCGUCAUCCCCGUCUCUGGGCAGCCUGCAGCAGCGAGAGGGCGCCAAGGCUGAAGUCGGGGACCAAGUCCUGGUUGCGGGACAGAAGCAGGGGAUUGUGCGCUUCUACGGGAAGACAGACUUUGCCCCAGGUUACUGGUAUGGCAUCGAGCUAGACCAGCCCACAGGCAAGCAUGACGGCUCAGUCUUCGGCGUGCGGUACUUCACCUGCCCCCCAAAGCAUGGCGUCUUUGCUCCAGCAUCCCGCAUUCAGAGGAUCGGUGGAUCCACUGACCCUCCUGGGGACAGCGCUGGAGCCAAAAAAGUGCAUCAAGUGACAAUGACACAGCCCAAACGUACCUUCACGACAGUCCGUACCCCAAAGGACAUCACGUCAGAGAACUCCAUCUCCAGGUUGCUCUUCUGUUGCUGGUUUCCCUGGAUGCUGAGGGCGGAGAUGCAGUCUUAGAGGCCCUCAUACUUGACAAAGAGACACAUAGCCCCCUCUAGCAUCUCCUGAGACAAGGAGUCCCCUCUACCCUGAGAUAGAGAUCCCCAGUAACAUCCAGAAUAGAGACCCCCAUUAGCCAACCCUCAAUCACUGAGGCCCCAUUACUAACAGAUUCCCUCUGAUAAUGCCCCAGAUACAGACCCCCAUGUCACCCAGAGAUUCCCUGAGUAUAGCACCUCCAGGUUAGUCCCCAUCCUACCCCUCACGGCAGACCCCCCGAUUAACAGAUACUACCCCAAAUGACAGUGACCCUGUCCAUAUCAUACAGCAGGGCUUUCCUUAGCCACUCAUCACUGGAUCAGAAAUCCUCCCAUGGACAAAGACUCCACAGGUCCCCUUGAUAUAAACACAGGUCACACCUCCAGAGUAAUGACCUUCAUGUCACUAUCCCCCAUUUCCCAUAAGCACCCUUGAGAUGUUGUAACCCCAUGGUCACCAUGAAGCCUUCACAGUCCAAUCCCUAAUCAGAGACCCAUUAAUAGACCCCUGUCCUUGCCCCUCAAGAAGAGACCCAUAUUAAACAGCCCACUGUCACCCCCAACUUACAGAACCAAAACAGUCCUGGAAGUGUUCAUUACAGGACCCUCAAGUCUUCCUAUCCUCUGCCCCCUCAAGAAGCCCCCAGUGCCUUGUAUGAAGCCCGCCCCACAUGGCCCACAGCCUCUGUGCUGGCCAGGCUCCCAGAAAAGUCUCUAUUUUUAAAGUAAUGACCUUCCCCCUUUGGGGGACUCCAAAAUUUAGAGGCCCCAUUCUGGGCCUCUGGGUAUCCCAAACCCCAGAAUACACAUCCCAGACUCCCCUGUGCUCCCAAGUCCUACAGCCCCAAUAAGACCCCACGACCCUAACUCCCAGGUACCCCGAAUCAUCAAAUCUCCAAAUCCCCAGGGAAUCCCAAAUUUAAAAACCCAAUCCUAAGCCCCCAGGAAACCCCAAUCAUGGAGGUCCUUGUGCCUAGAGCGGAGGAGACUGCAGUCUGGGGAUAUGCAUUCCAGCCUCCCAGGGCAUCUCAAUCCCUCUUCAUAGGCCCCAGGAGACCCCGAACAGAAUUCCCAUCCCUGGAAAUGAGGAUUCCAAUGUGGAAUCCAUGGAUCUCAAGACAGUCAAAUUCCAAAAGCCCCAGCCCCAAGGGAACCCCAAAUCCUAAGACCUCCAUCUCCUAUACAUGGAGGGCUCCAAGGCCCUGAGAGGAUCCCAGUUCUGGAGCCUCCCGUUUCAAUCUACCUUCUGGUCACAGGUGCAAGACACCAAAUCUGAGUCCCCAAAGGACCCCACAGCGCCUGUGCCAGGCCAACAGCAUGAGGGAGAACCUGAAGGCCCAGGGGGUCCUGGGCGGGCCUGGGGCCUUGACCACCGAAGAGAUCUCACGACAGCCCCUUCACUGCAUGCCCCCAAACUCAGCAUGAGCCCUGCCCCCUUCAAUAAAGACGUUUCUAUGGCA